AUGGAAGUGCAAACGUUUGGUGACGGGCCGCGCUUCUCGCCGGUUACCUCUAGCGACCAUGCUGGGCAGCUGUGGAUUGUCACCAUCCUGGCGCUCGUCUACAGCUCUCUCGUCAGCACGGCUAGGGCAUACGUGAAGUACAAGAUGUUCGGGAUAGACGACAUCUUGAUCGCUUCCGCAACGGUUUUGCAACUCGCACAAUCCAUUGCCAUCUUUGUGGGACUAGGAAAUGGUGGUCUUGGAAAGUUCAACUCCAUCACGACGUCCGAGCAGUGGAGGACGUCUUCCAAAUCGACGCUGGCGGCCAUGAUUCUCGGCUUUCUGACAAUGUGUCUGUCGAAAUGCUCCCUCCUCGCACUUAUACUUCGAAUCAUUGGCCGAAAGACGGGCAAGAGCAGGCCGAUUUGCAUCGCAAUGAUGGUUGAAACGCGCUGGGCAGUCAUCACAGCGGUUGAUAUUUUCACCGAAGUUGCCGCCUGGCUGCUGAUGGUGGAACUGACCUGGAGCGUCAACAUGUCAGCCGCGCGCAAGUUCCAAGUCAUCAUGGCCUUCUCUUUUCGGCUGCCGCUCGUCAUCCUCUCCGGCGUCCACCUACACUACUUUGACCAGUAUCCGUCGGCUGCCGAACCGCAGUUCGCCGUCAUCGACAGUCUACUCUUCCAGCAGGCCAUGAUCUCGUGGUCCCUGAUCUCGGCGACGGUGCCAAACCUCAAAAACUUUCUCAAGUCCUUUUCGAUUGGCAUGGGCUUCCCGCUGGCGUACGACGAUACCAUGAGCGGGUCGGGGGGGGCAUACGCUCUGCGGUCUUUUGCCAACAGUCGUUCCAAAGGGACGGCGGCGGCGGGAUCGGCGGCAGGAAACACAGGCGUGGUGUCGACGACCAUCUCGGCAAGGCGGCGAUCGGACGCCGGGCAGUCUGCUCAGGUGUCGCCGCACGGUUGGCCAGCGGGAGGCGUGCUGUCUGGUCAGACGACAGAGGCGCAGCCGUAUGCGACAAGCAGCAGGGAGCACGUGGACGAUGACGCCAACUCCGGGACGGGUAGCCAAGACAUGAUUAUCAGCAAGGAGAUUGCUUGGAAGAUAACGUAUGAAGAGCGGUCCUAA